GAAACAUGUAGAGGUGCAUGUACAUAUGGUCAACAAACUAGCAAAUUUAUAGCUUACACUUCUAUGUUGUUAUUCACGUUUAAGCGUAUAUUUUCAAAAAGUAAAUAAAAUUGUAACCACAAAAAAACGACUCAAAUAUAGAUCAAAUUUUUUUUUUAAUGUGCAGUUAUGAAUUUUGCAUUGUUGAUUAUUUUUUUUUUUUUAAAAGACACAUGAAGCACCAUAACUACGACAGUAUAUAAAAGUACUGCAGCUAGCCAGCUCCUCACAAACUGUACAAUUUAAAUCUGUUUUCCUUUCUAGCACUGCCUGCUUUUGCUGUGAGUACACAAGGGGACAUGCAGUUCUGUUCCCUGCCCAGGUAGGACAGGGCACUCUGACCCAGGCAGGGUACGGAUGUGAGCAUGUGUACAAAGGAGACUGAACAGCAAAUGCAGGCAACUCUGUGCGCACACCUUACAAGCACUUGGACUAAUUGGAGAAGCAAUGCUUCCCCCUAUAGCAUAAGUUUGAAGUGUGAUGAAUGCUGGUCACUGAAGAUUUUACUAGAAAGGAAAAAAAGUAAGGCUUUAAAAAUAUGCAUUAAGGGAAAGUGUCUUAGCAACAUAACUACAAUAGCGCAUGAAACGUACUUUCCACUUUUGUUUUCCCCCUACCCAGUAAAAAGCUUGCAUUUUAUGCAUAGAUCAAACAAUUUUGAAUACAAAAUUUUUUUUAAAAAUAAAUAAAAAUCUAAUCAGUUAAGAUACUGAAAUUUGCCUAAAAACAAACACUUCUUAUAAUGCAUGUUAGCAUUUGAAUUUAGUUGUGUUGUGCUCAAUUUUAUAAAAAAAAUGUUUAAAACUUUGAAAAAUAAGCUGUAAAACAUACUUAUAAAACUUUAAGUUAAGAAAUACUUCAGGCUUUCAGUGAUGCGUAUUGACGGGGUGCCUCUCUAGGUUAUGUCUAGCUUUCCUUAAGAUUUUGUGAGUCAUUGAAACCUGUUCAAGAAUAAGUCUCAUACUGUCCUCCAUCUGAUUUUCCGAAUAAAAACGAUUUGUCAUCUGAGAGGAAAACUGAUUCUGCUCAAAUAGAUCCAUCUUAAGUCUUGCAAUUUCCAUUCUCAAUUUUUCAUCCUCACUGACACUGUGUAUUUCAGGAACACGUAAAGGUAAGGAAACUCUCCACAAAAGGUUCAUUAAACGCAUGGCCUCCUCCAUAGACUGGGUCGUCCUUCUAAUUUUCUCAUACAUAAUGCUCCCAAAAUCAUCAGCAAUGUUUGAAACUGCAGUGUUUACACCAUCAUCAAACCAGACCUCUAUUUCAUGUAGCAUACCCCUUCCUUCCAGAAUCUGUUUCUGCAGAGCAUCGUAAUCCUCUAGCAAGCCAAGUACAUGGCGACCAUUUUGGUCUGACCACAUACGAUAUCCAGGAACCAGGCGUGAAGGAGUGUGUGAUGACCCAUCAGCAGAAUAAUCACGGAGGUUUUCUCCACUACUGCAUUCUUUAAUCAAGUGUUCAUCUUUCUUAUAUUGCUCUAUCUCGAGAUACGCAUAAUGUAGCUCUUCACUCAGUUUGCGGAUUUGGCUCUUGUAAUUUUGUAGCUCCUCUUGAAUUUUUAAGUUAUCUUGUACGUCAGACAAACACUUUGGAGUUUUUUCAUGAGAAUACAUGCAUACAGAAGACUUCAGUAGAACCGGAAGUCUGGAUUUCUUAGAAAGCUUAUUUAAAUCAUUUUGUUCACCAUUUAUUUCUUUAGGACUUAACUGGUUGUUCUCUGUAUGACUUUCAAUUGUCCCAGAAUCCACCAAUGGAUCUGCAUCUCCUCUAUUUUGAUUGUCUGGUGUAGACAUUUUAUCAUUACAAACAGUUUUUUGGGGGCAGCUUUCCAUUUGCAUAUUAAGAGCUGGGAGGACAACGCUUCUCUCUUGCAGGUCUUCAAUUUCAACUUGUAUGCCUAUACUCUUGGUUUGCUUUUCUACAUCUUUAUCUGAAGAAGGACCAUUCACUUUAAAAAAAGUCUCAGUCUGAUGAACCACAAGAUGUUCUGAGCUGGAGUAAUUUUCACCAUGUGUGGUGAAGUGUUUAUUAUCAAUAUUGCUUUCCCUUAUAUUUGGUGCUGGAUUCUGACAGUCCAAUCGUGUUUCUCUAUCACUUUCUGCUUUAUGAGAUUGAUCUAAAGUAUUUCUGCUUUCCAAUAUUUUGUGAAACCCUUGAUGUACAGUCUGGUUGCUGUUGACUGGACACUGGUUGGAAUAUCCACCAGUUCCAUCGGAGUAGUCUUUCAUGGCUCCUUUUGAUGUCUUGUCCUGUAACUCAAACAUAAGGUCAACAUUUUGAUUUAGGUGAUCAAGGCUUAAAUAUGUAGUCUGGUCUCCAAGAAAUGAAAAUGUAUCGUUAUCUCUACUCUGCGACUUUAUCUUUUCUACCAGUAUCUUGCUUAGUUCUUGGUUAGCCUUGAUAUUUUCAAUCAGCUGUCUUCGCAACACAGCAAUGGCAUCAAGAUCCUUUUGCAAGUUCCUACACUCUCCCAUCGACUUUAUGAACUGUGUAAACAUUUUCUUUUCUCCUUCAAGGCUAAAAAUGAGCUGACUAUAAUCAGGCUCAUCUUCACAUUCAUUGUUUUUACUGGUGUCCAAACAUUCUUGUUUUUCUGGAGGAUUUCCUUCAGAAUUCGCCGGAGAAGGUUUGAUGGACAGCUGCGUCUUGAGUUGAGUGAUUAAAGCAUCUUUAGAAUCCAGAGUUUCAUUCAAAUGUUCAAUUGUCCAAUCUUUUUCCGCCAAUAUGGCUGCUGUUUUUGAGUACUGUUCUUCGACUGCUGAAAGUCUAUUUUCUGUGUCAAACCUUUGGGUUCUUUCCUGGUCCAGCAAGGCGCCAAUUUUAUCAACUUCCGCGUUUUUUGUCUCAAGCUCCUUUUCAAGAUCUUGAAUCUUCUGGAAUAACAAGUCAUGACCUUGCUCAACUUCAACUUUCUUUAGCUGAAUUUUACCCACAUCCCCGGUUAGACUUUCCACCGCUUUUGACGCUUUCAAAAGUAAUUUUUGCUUUUCUUGAAGGUCGUGUUUCAGGCUUUCCACCUCGACUUUCAGCUCGAUGUUGGUCCGAUGCAGUUCCUCGCUGCUGCCCUCGCAGUUUUUCUGGAUCUGCUCCUCCAGGAAAUAAAUGCGAAGCUUCAGGUUGAAGUUCUCUUUCUUCAGCUCGGUGAUUUGCUUUUCAAAGUCCUUCAUGGUGGGAUCUGGGCUCAUGGGAUGGUGCUUGUCUCUGCCCAGUCCUGCAGAGUAGUGAUAGUAAUAUCCCAGGCCGGGCCCUGGGCUCCCAGGCAGGGUCUGAUCUAUGGUUUUGUCCGAGCAGUCACCAUGCUCCUCAGGAUCCAUUUCCAGCUGCAGUUUUACGAGUCCCCCUUUCUGAGGUAAAGUCACUCGGCCGCCAUGAUGGCCGCGGGCCUGACUGGACUCCUUAAUUUGGGGUAGGCGAGCUGGAGGGGGACCGGGCGGGUGGCAGGCCGGACAUACACGGUCGGGGGCGGUAGGUGAGGGUCUGGGGUGGGGAGAGUGUUUCUCAGAGCCCUCUGGCUCGUCCUCGGGAGGCGGGAAAAUCGCGGUGACGUCACGGGGAGGCGGGAGCGCGCGCUUUUUGGAAUUGGACGAAAACUUGUUUCUGAGGUAAAGUGCGGCCGCCAUUACACCGAGCCGGGGCCGCCAUUAGCCGGUUAUUAUACACCGAGCCGGACCGCCAUUAGCCGGUUAUUAUACACCGGGCCGGACCGUCAUUAGCCGGUUAUUAUACACCGGGCCGGGCCGCCAUUAGCCGGUUAUUAUACACCGAGCCGUUAUAUCCCACACGGACCCGCAGCCGCCAGUAACCGGCCGAUAUACCGACUCCCGCCGCCAUGUCCGACCUGCUGCCCGGCUACUCGCCCAGCUUUAAGAAGCCCUCGGAGAUCCUGCGGCUGAGCCGGAAGCGGAGCCGGAGCGAGGCCGGGGGCAGAGCCCCUUUCUCCCCGGGAGAAGCCGCCAAGCGGGUCCCCGGGCUCCGGCCCUUCACCCCGGGCCCCCAGCGCAGCGGCGGCGGCGGAGCGAAGCGGAGGAACCCGUUCGCCAGUCUGGAGAAUACCGUGUGCAGCCCGGUGAAACGGCGGGCGGAGAGCCUGGACGGGACCGGCCCGGAGAGAGAACCGACACCGGGCAAGGGGCCCCCCGCAGCCGCCAUCAUCCCGAGACUGCCCGACAGCUGGGAGAACCCGGCCGCCAAUACAGCGCAGGUAGGAGAGCGGCGAACCGGCAGCUAACGGGUUAACCUCACCGGCCAAACCGCAAGGGGUUAAUAUACUUUACUGACAAGGGAAGGUUUGAGUGACAGAACGUCGGCCAAUCAGAGCGCAGUACGUCACAGGGUCCUGCCCUCCUAUUGGUCGCGGCGUUAGAUGACGGUCAGGAAGUGGAGCUGCCAUUGGCUGCUCUGUGUUUACAUUCCCCGCCCCCCGGCGUGCAGCCAGGUGGCUCUCUGUCACAGGGCUCAUUCACUAAAGUGAGAAUUCACAGUGACUCACCAUGGAGCAUGGCUGCCAUAGAUAAUUUAUACAAAUAGGAUAUUUUGGCCUUAAAAUCCUAAUUCACUUUGAAUUCUCACUUUAGAUCAGGACCUCCAGAUGUUGCUGAACUACAACUACAACCAUUAUUCUAUGAAUGAAAUAGGCUGAGAAUCAUGGGAGUUGUAGUUUGGCAACAUCUGGAGGGCCGGAGUUUGGGGAAGCCUGAUUUAAUGGAUAACUCAGUUAUUAUUCUGAAUGUUGAGGGACUGUAAAGUGCCAGCUACAAUAUUAUAUGACAGCGUAAUAACAAGGACAGAAGAUUAAGCAUUUAUUUGUAACUGGAGCAUAAUUGGAAAAUAUAUAAUGUAUAGACUGCUGGUGGCCUGGAGGAUCCGCUGUGGGGCUACUUAUCUAGCACAAAUGCCAUAGUAACUCUAUAACACCUCUGCUGUAGGAAAUGGUUACAAAUUUAAAAAAUAAAAUUUCAAUGUGUUCCUUCUGAUAAAUUGGUCUAGUUGUAUUAUGUACCUUUAAUUAAUGCUUUCAGUAUUAUGGCUUUCACGACAUGACGUUGUGAAGCACCCAUAAGUUGUAUAAUACAAGUGACUGCAAUAGUACUGUAUACCUCCCAUCUGAAUCAUGCAUAAAUUACUGCGCAGGUCACACUGCAUUCAGCCCAUAGACACAGCUCUGUAAAUGCUACUCUCAAUGUGGUGUUUGCGCUCAGUGUGCUGGCAGCUUGGAAUGCAUUCUUGGCAGGUUUACAUGGCUCUUUUUUUCAAGUGGGCCUACCCCUUUGUGUGUAAUCAAUAAUGCGUCAAUGGCGUACCUCUUAUAAAUAUUUCUCACCACCCAGGCACUGUUCCGUACCCACCAGUGUUUGGAGGUGUGAAUUUCUUAUGUGCUCUGAUGGCAGUUUGUAGCCGCUUCAAAACCAGUGCAUGUAAUGGAGCUGGUUUUCCCACAGUUCCAUAUAUGCUGCGUUUAUUGAAUGGCUUAUUUCUUCUUACAAUGAUUAUAUUCUCAUUUUAAACUUUAGUCAAACCAAACCGUUGUCCAACAUUUAAACUUUUGCAUACAUAAAGGAACACCUUUUCUAUUUGGUUUCAUUUAUUUUUGCUAACCUUUUUGAUUUUCAGUUUAAUACAGUUGACGAUAUCCUUUUUGAAGAUAGUCUUGGAGUUGAGACUGCUGCAACUACAAAGGCACAGGUAAGUAAGUUAUAAUCCCCUCAUACCCAACUCUCUUUCUUAAGUCUCCCUAAAGUAUUUUAUUUUUUUCUAUUCAUCUCUUUUUAACAAACUUUUUCAGUUGAUUGAUGCGACUGAUCUUUUGCAAAUCCACCACUCAUAAUAGGCCUUCCCCAUAGGAAAGCAUUGACUCUGCUUUCCUUUGGGGUUUUCAGCUUACUGCAUGUCCUCAUGCAAAGCUUGAGAUGUCCAGCAUCGUUUCACGAAGUCAGAAACUGCAGGAAGCGCCUCUAGUGGCCAGCCAACUAGAGGCAUUCUUAACAGUGCAGUUUUUCUAAAACUGUGAUGUUUUACAUUGCCGAGUUAUGGGAACAGGGACACUGCACGCAGACCACUUCAAUUAGAUGAAGUGGUCUGGGUGCCUAUAGUGUCCCUUUAAAUAACUUUUUAUUUAUGAAUUUGCUAGCACAACAUAUAAGAGAAAUUAUUAUAUUUUAAGUGACUGAUGCCAAGUUAUGUUGUUCAUGACAGCUUUUCUAUGUUAAAGUAAGGUGGUCAUAUACUUUGGCUAUUUUGCAACACAUGUUGAUAGAUACUUCUUAAACUGAUCAAUAUUUGGACAGACUCUUAAAAAACAAACAAACAUUUUUUGUAUCUUUCAUAAUGAAAUGUAGAGAUUAUGCUGUUUUGUUUUUGUUGUGGCUAAUGGGACACUAUAGUCACCAGAACAACUACAGCUUAUUGAAUUUGUUCUAGUGAGUAGAAUCAUUACCUUCAGGCUUUUGCUGUAAACACUGUCUUUUCAGAGAAAAUGCAGUGUUUACAUUACAGCCUAGUGAUAACUUCACUGGCCACUCCUUAGAUGACUGUUAGAGAUCCUUCCUGGGUCAUGGCUGCCUUAAAUGCAUCCAAACAUUCAGUAUCUCCUCCCUCUGCAUGCAGACACUGCACUUUCCUCAUAGAGAUUAAUUGAUUCAAUUCAUCUCAAUGAGGAGAUGCUGAUUGGCCAGGGCUGUGUUUGAAUCAUGCUGGCUCUGCCCCUGAUCUGCCUCUUUGUCACUCUCAGCCAGUCCUAUGGGUAAGCAUUGUGAUUGGAUCAGGUUACCACUUCUCAUGAUGUCACCACACUGCUUGUUUUUUUUGUUUUUAUUUAAAGGUAAACGGCAUGCAGAGUUACAGCUUCUGGCUUGAAUAUAGUAAGAUUUUGCUAUAUUUAUAGAGGCAUGAGGGGCCCAGGGGGGCUAGAUGGUGGUGUUAACACUAUAGGGUCAGAAAUACAUGUUUGUGUUCCUUACCCUAUCGUGAUCAUUUAAUGACUGAUAGGCAAUUCAAGACAAUUGCAAGUAGCUCUCAAAGGAAGUUACAACCUCUAAAUAUCCUAAUCUUGUCCUCAUGUUUCAGAGUAAGAGUAAUUUGUAAAAGUUAUCAUUUUGCUAUGUAAUAGGAAAUCAGACUGGAGUAAAUUUAAUUUUUGUUGUGUUUUUUUGUUUAUCUGUAUAUAGUCACCAGAGAAACCAGUGACCAUAUAUGAACAACCUAAGGGAUCUGUUACAUUUCCUGCCGAUUGGAGUUUAAAGACCCGGUUACUUUUUACCUCUUCCCAAUCAUUUUCUUGGACUGAUCAUUUAAAGGCCCAGGAAGAAGCACAGGGGUUUGUCUUGCAUUGUCAUGCCACUCCAAUCAGGUUGCCACAAAUUAUUCAGGCAAGUUUUGUUUCCAGAACACUGAGAACUUUCUUGACUUAUUGUGAUGGUCUGUGACCAGUUACGAGACAGAAUAUGAUAUUUAGGCUUAAAUAGCCAAUCUUUGACCUAGAUUGAAGGCCUAUGUUUACCUCUUCAUGAUGACCUCCAUACAGAGGCUACUAUGAAAGGCUCUGAAAGCAUGGAGAGACAAGGCUAUUGCUUGAUGCGCCAAUAGUGAGAUAAUAUAUAAAUAGUGAUAUGAAGGUCCCACUCAAGAAAUUGCUGGAACUGCCAUCUCCUGUGGUUGCUAUGCCUAUCAUUGUGAGCUAGCUAGGGGACCUCCAUUAAAAUCGUUCACACUGUGAUUGCUGCAGUUGUGAGACUGUCAAGAAACAGCCUGAAUGCCUGCUGCACACCGUUUGACACAGAAGUCCUAUGUUGUGUUUGACCAGUUGUCCGUUCUGUAUGUAAAUGUAUUUAACGUUUUGUAUUUUUACGUUUUAGGAACCAAAGUUAUCCACUGAGCUGCGCUGUGCUUUUCAACAAAGUCUUGUCUAUUGGCAGCAUCCUUCUCUUCCUUGGCUCCAGCUUUUUCCUCGCAUUGGAGCAGAUCGGAAAAUAGCUGGAAAAAACAUCCCUUGGUCUCAAGAUGAUGCGUUGCAACAAGUUUUAAUGAGUGAAUGGUAAGAAACAUGAUUUAAUUUUGUUAGAUUUUUAACUAUGGAACAUUCUUUUUAUUAUAAACAUUCUUUGUGGAGGCAAGUUAUUUGCAUCCAGUUAAAAUUCCAUAGGUUCUUGCAAUGAGAGAAUGAAUAUAUCCCCUAGUCUUCAGUCGUUUAAGAAGUGCCUUAAAACCCAUCUCUUUAGAAAAGCUUAUGGCCUCCCAGAGUAACCUCUACGUCACAUACCAGUGUCUUGCGCUCUUCUAAAGGGCAGCACUCUCCUCCAUCCCUGCUUCACUCCCACUUUAUUUGAUUGACAUUUCCUGCCCUAAUGUGUUUUCUACCCCACCUCCUAUAGACUGUAAUCUCGUUUUGAACAGGGUCCUCUUCAACCUAUUGUUCCUGUAAGUUUUCUUGUAAUUGUCCUAUUUAUAGUUAAUUCCCCCCUCUCAUAAUAUUGUAAAGCGCUACGGAAUCUGUUGGCGAUAUAUAAAUGGCAAUAAUAAUUAUAUAGGUUAGUUUACAUUGCAAUAUCACAACACUUACAAAUUGUUUACAGUACUGAAUCUUUUAGGCAGACACUAUUAUUCCUUUUUUUUUUUUUGCAGGGCUCUCAGCUUUACAUCCCUAUAUAAUUUGCUAAAAGCAAAGUUAUGUCCAUACUUCUAUUUAUGCACCUAUCAGUUCACAGUGUUAUUUCGGGCAGCCGGCCUUGCUGGUAGCGAUGUAAUUACUGCCAUCAUGUCUCCAUCUACACGAGGAUUGCGAGAAGCAAUGAAAAAUGAAGGUGAUUUCUUGUUUCUUUUGUAUAUAACCUUUCCUUUUCACCUUGUAAUUUAACAAUCAUAGCUUUAAUGUUGGGAAGUAUUUGAUCCGUUACGAUUUAAAGGGACACUAUAGUCACCAGAAAAACCACAACUUAAUGUAGUUGUUCUAGUGUCUAUAGAAUGUCCGUGCAGGUUUUUCAAUGUAAACUCUGACAUUUCAGAAAGAACUGCCUAGGAGCACCUCUAGUGGCAGUCAGAAAUUAAUACAUCUUUAUGAGGCGAUGCUGAUUGAUGCAGCACUGCGUCUUGCAGCGCAUGUGCUAUAGCCAAUAGGAAAGCAUUGGAUUGGCUGAGAUCAAGUUUGGUGACCUCAACCAAGGGGGCAGAGCAUGGGUGGAGCAAGUCAAGACAGACACGUACCUCGCUAGAAGUAAAUCACCUUUUUACCUAGUUAAAAGGGGACCGGUAACCUAACCAGUGAUUUUACAACUAUAGUGACCGAAAUACAUGUUUGUAUUCUUGUCACAAUAAUGUUUCUUGUAUUUUUAUGGUUGGUUUGUUUUUUGCAGGGGGGGAAGGGGAGGGAGUUGUUGGAAUUGCAUUUAAUUAAUAUAUAUAUUUUUUCCCUUUACUAAUCCAAAACAAAUAAUCCUGGUACCUUUUAACAAACAUGGCUACCAUAAGCAUAUACAGACAGUGCCUAAUAUUCUAUACUGUUUCAAUUCUAGAUAAGAUUAUUUUUGCUGCAUUUUUAAAGGAACACUGAAGUCACCAAGACCACAUCAGCUCAUUGAAGUGGUCUGGGUACCAACUCCCAUCACCCUUAACCCUGCAAGUGUAAAUAUUGCAGUUUUUAUAAACUGCAUUAUUUACCUUGCAGGGUUAAGUCCUCCUCUAGUGGCUUCCGGCUUCUUAGGUGACUUUUGGUCACUAAACGACACUGGACGUCCUCAUUCUAUGCAUGAGGACCUCCAGCGUCGCCAGAAUCACCAUAGCAAAGCAAUAAAUAAUGCUUUCCAAUUGGGAGGUGUAAUGUGCAUGCGUGCGCUCGCUGCUAAAUGCUGCACAUACGCUUUAGAUCUCCCCCACAGGCGGAGGAGGAGCGGGGGUUGAGCCUGACCCAGCGCCGAGGGACAUCGGCGUUGUAUUCAGUUAAGUGCCUGAAGGGGUUUUAACCCCUUUAGUGACGUGGGAUUGGGGGGGCGGAAGGGAGAAAGGCACUCCAUGAUUCUCUAGUGUUGGUUUAAGGAAACUGAAAUCUUGCCUCCAAUUAUCAGGUCAAACCUGGUUUUGUAAUCUCCUUUGAUUCACGUCACAAAUCUCAGAAGCUAACUUAAUUAUUUCUCUAGGAAUUGAGUUCUCUUUGCCAUUAGUUGAAGAUGAAUCUAACCGGAAGCAAAAUAACUCUGAACCGAGCUCACAACAAGACGACCAGGAACCCGACUCCUUAAAGACUGGUGAUGAGUAUGUCAACGUUUCCUAUAUGUUAUGAGCACAAUCUAACAUCCCUUAACAGGCUGAGGUUUAUUUUAUUUGUGGUCCAGCAAAGGAGUACAAAUGUCAUCGUUUCAUGACAGGUUCACUUUAACUGAACCCCCUUCAGUUUUAGCACUUUCAUUUAAUUGACUCCAAGCACUGUAGAGUUUAUGGUGUCAGGAAUACAUCCUCUGCAGUUUCCUCUCUUGCAAGAAGCUCUCCCUUUUUUUUUUUUUUCUUUAAGCACCAAACCAAUUGGCUUAAUGAAGCACCCACCUCAGAGCCUGGUCAUUGUACAACAUUAUUAUUAAGGCCUCUUGUCGGGUCUAGAGACAUUAAUCUCCUGUUCCAGUUUGUCCUCAGUACAGGAAUUUUGCAAAAUAUACUUCAAUAAUUAGUGGUGAGCAAGCCACAGUUGCCUAAUCCUUUUUCUAAAUAUAUGUGGUAAAUUUUGAAGAGCUCUCAAAAUAGAUUAGGAGCAAAAAUAUUUGUGCCUCAGACAUUUUAUUAUAUUUAUUUUAUAGGUCUUGUGACAGCGAAGAAGAUGAAAGUUUUUCUUGGUUGGAAGAGAUGGGCGUUGAAGAUCAGAUAAAAAAGCCAGAUGCAAUCUCAAUUAAACUGUAUCCUUAUUUUAGCAGAGGGAAUAAUUACAUUGACAUCUGUCAUUUAUCUUCUUUCUACAUUCUAGACAUUGUUAAUUUGAACAGCUUAACAAAUUUGGAACCGAACAUUAGGUGUUAAAUCAUAGCCCAUUGUAUUAAGGACCUUCCAUGUAGUGCUGGGCAGAGAACCGUCACCUGGAGGGAAUUCAAACCAUUAGUAUAAGAGGGACCCCUAGUGUCCUUUUAAUAUACACUUACUUAUGUAUAUUCCUUUCACUUACACCUAGAGUUGCAAAUGGGUAGCCUUUUCUUUUAAAGGACCACUAUAGUGCCAGGAAAACAUACUCGUUUUCCUGGCACUAUAGUGCCCUGAGGGUGCCCCCACCCUCAGGGACCCCCUCCCGCCCGGCUCUGGAAGGGGAAAGGGGUAAAAACUUACCUUUUUCCAGCGCUGGGCGGAGAGCUCUCCUCCUUCUCUCCUCCUCCAUUCCUCCUCCUGGGCUGAAUGCGCACGCGCGGCAAGAGCUGCGCGCGCAUUCAGCCGUCGCAUAGGAAAGCAUUUACAAUGCUUUCCUAUGGACGCUGGCGUGCUCUCACUGUGAAAAUCACAGUGAGAAGCACGCAAGCGCCUCUAGUGGCUGUCAAUGAGACAGCCACUAGAGGAUUAGGGGGAAGGCUUAACCCAUUCAUAAUUAUAGCAGUUUCUCUGAAACUGCUAUAAUUAUGAAAAAAUGGGUUAACCCUAGAAGGACCUGGCACCCAGACCACUUCAUUAAGCUGAAGUGGUCUGGGUGCCUAGAGUGGUCCUUUAAAGUGUAAUUCUUAUGGACUAGGUCAUGUUAUAAUAUUUUUUGUCUUACUUGGCAUGCUAUAUUGGACAGAUUAAAGCAUGCACCCCAAUCUAUAAAAAAAUAAAAUUAUUUACAUUGUUAUUAAAGGGAAUUGUAAUCCCCCACUGAAAUUUCAACCCAAUCAAGAGAUAGAGACGAGGUAGGGAUUACUUUGAAAUUGUCCAGAAAUCUAGAGACAAAGUCCCCAGACUAUGACAAUGCUGCUUUAAAUUAUAGGCCAUGCAUUUGUUUUUUUUGCUCUGUGUGAGAUUAUGCAGUUUAUAAUAAGACCUUUUGUAGUUAAGUUGAUUUAUUUUUGUGCUUUCUCAUUUUGUUAGUGGAAUUAAACGACUUUAGAGGAAUAUUAUAGUGUUCUAAUUUAUCCAUACCAACAAGCUUGCAAUGCCAGCAUGUUGCAGUAUCCUGGCAGAAUAUGCAUCACGUUUUGCCUUCAACAUUUUGUUUACCUUAAUAUUGACAUAACUAGUCGCAAAGAGAAGAAUGAAGUAAAACUGGAUCAUAAGCCAGAAUCUGUUGUCUUGGUAAAAGGGUCAAACACCUUUACUCUAUUAAACUUUUUAAUAAACUGCAAGAGCUUAGUGGCUGCAGCAGGUCCUCAGGCUGGCUUACCUCCGACCCUGCUCUCACCAAUAGCAUUCCGAGGAGCUACUAUGCAGACACUAAAGGUAGUGCUAAUGAAUGUUUCAUUUUCAUCUAAUAUAUUUUUUUAAUAUUCUAUAUGGUUUUGUGUUUAUAAUAGUAGAAAUGCUUAAAGUCUCAGUGUACACAUUGUUGUAAGCAUGCUGUGAUGGUAAAGUGUCGUAAAAAUGCAUAUAUUUAACAUACAGGAAGCCAAAACCACACCAUACAUUGUCAAAGCCAGAUAUGAGCAGUGAGCAAUUUGAGAUAAUAGACGUCUGAUGCAGUGACCAGCUUUAUAGAACUAAAAGUUUUACAUGCAGUGUGUCUUUAGUAUUCAAAAGGAUCAGUCAAGUGCGUAGCUUUUACUUAAACCAGACGUGUCUCCAUCUUUGUUUUCAAAACUAGGAGGGCUACGUUGAUAUUUAACACGUACACAGAAACCCAAAACGGCAAGUGUUUAACAGAUGCAGUGACUUCAUUCCCUCCUACUGUGUGAAUAUAUUCUGUUUCAAGUGAUGCAUAAGUGUAAAUAAGCAUCAUAGAAUAAUGGUCAGCAAUUAGAAUCUUCAGGUCUUCUGUUUUGUUUGUUUUUGUUUACUAAGAGUGUCUAAUAACAGAGUAAAAACCAGUAAAUGGCAGUCUACAAAUGUUACUUUUUUUUAAGUUAUUUGCAUGCUGACAGAUAUUCUUUGUUGGAAAAGAAAGAACUUUAUUAUUCCUCAUAACUCAAUUAACUUUUUGCCUUUUUGUUUUUUCUUUAUAGACCAGGAGCAUAAAUGUGAAAACCCAGGUGCUUUCUGGCUACAAGGAUCAAUUUAGUUUGGAAAUAAGUGGCCCUAUCAUGCCUCAUUCUCUGCAUUCAUUAACAGUGUUGCUGAAAUCGUCUCAAAAGGGUUCGUUUUCUUCUGGCUUGUAUACUCAUGAGCCAACUGCAGUGUUCAAUACAGAAAUCCAUCCUAAGCUUGUAAAGGUGAGCUGGACUGCUUUUAGGUUAUAGUGCUAGGAGGCUAGAAGUGAAAUCUUUUAUUUUCUUACCCAAAGCGCUGCCUCUCAGCUGGAGAGAGACAUAAUGAUUGCAUCAAAGAUUUGUAUAGCAUGCAAUAAGUUAACACUAAGGUAGAGGAGGAAUCUGCCAUGGUACCCUUUCACAAUGGAAGAUCUAGUGUUAAAAGAAAGUGGUGGCAUCUGGUCCCCUAACCAUCUGAUGGGUGAAUUUUGGGUGUUGGAAACAGGAAACUUUACAUGGUUCCCUACCUGAUUGGGCCAGAAGUCUUGGCCACCUAAAGCAAGUUAAACCAAAGACAAAAAGUAAAGUUACGUGCACACUAUUCCAAAUACCUAUGCAUAUUUAUAUAAAUGGAGGUUUUUGGUUCCACUCCAAUGGCCAUUAGAUGUGCCCCCCUGCCACAUCAAGGCAAACCUCUUAGGUGGGUCCUACAUUAACAAUUAACCUUGUGUGCUUCAGCUUAAGGCAAAGAAAAUCUCAGGCAGAGAGAGUUAUUUUUCUAAACCCUUAUAUAUGUAUUAACCAUUAACAGCGUGGAUGGGCGGCAGAACUGUAACACAGCUGUGUGAUACAAAUACACAAAAAUAAGUCCUGCGCUACUCCUGGUUUGGGAGUUUAAGAGCAGGACUUAUUUUUAUGUAUUUGUAUUUACUUAAAGCAAGUUAGUCUAUCCUCAUACUUUACAGCUUAGGAAACUUUUGGAGAUAGCUAGAAGAGGUUACAAGAAAUUUAAAAGCAGAAAUUUAGGGCUUAUCUGGCCGUUAUCUGUGUUACAUAGGCUUUUAUGGGGAACCUGAAUAAUAAAGCGGCAUGAACACACUUUGACUGUUUAAUCAGUUAUCUACACAAACUGCUUAAAGGGGCACUCUACUGCCCAAAUUUUUUUUAAAAACCCACUAUUUAGUAGAUAUACCCACAAUGAAAUUGUGCAUGGAUUUAAUUAUGCAUUUUUUUUUUUUCAUUUGGGGCAUAUCUAAAAUCAGCUGGCAAAAUCUGCAGAGCUCCUGUCUGAAGCCUUUGCAAGCCCUCCCUUUCUAACCCAACCAGACUUUGAAGCUGUCCAAUCACACACUUACAAUACAGCUCAAUGAGAAGUCUUUGCACGGCAGAUGCUCUGGGCAAUUGAUGUCUCUUGAGUUUAGCUCCACUGAGCUAACCAAACCAGGAAGUAACAAGGCUUGUACUUUCAAUUUGUACUGAAAUCUGCACUUUUUGUACUAUAGAAAAAGGACAUACUAGUCACACUUAAAACACUUCAGCAAGCUAAAGUGUUUCCCUAAAGCCUGUAAUCUGACUUUUUUUUUUUUUUAGGGGUUUGCAAAGUGAAGUAAUUUUUCAUUUUUGAGAAUAAUUGAAUCUAAUAUUUUUAGUGCACUUUCUUUUAAAGUGGGCUGGAUGCACUGGCCCUGCUAUUUCAACUCUUCAAUGUAAAACAUUGCUGUUUUUUGUAGAAAUUGUCUGACACUUUCUGGCUGGCCCCACUCAGGACAGCUAAUUCUCAGAGCACUGUUAAAGCAUUCUGAUCACGGUUAACAUCCCUGGUGAUAAUCUUCUUCUAAUUUAAAGCAUUGUGGAAUAAGGUGGAGCUAUAUAAAUACCAAUUAUAAUAAUGCAUUCACUCGACACUAAUUGAGAUUUCAUAAUUUGGAUAGAGAUGGUGGCCUGUAUUUGUGACAAUCCUGCCAAACCAAGACAUGUGGGAACUAUGAAUAAGUACCUUUUAAAUAUGGAUCACACAUCUAUUCACCAGGGUGAAUUACUUAAAUUUCCUAUGCGACUAGCCAGGGCCAAAAUUUCAAAGUGUAGUGGCAAGUGGAAACUUUGAGCCUUGUUGUCAUUAUUUACUGCUAGAAGCAUAGGUAAUACCAUUUUAUAUCACUUUAAUGUAUUUUAAAUUACAUUAUAAAACUUUCUUAAAUAAUUGUUCCGCCUUUUGCAUAUGUGAUGCUUUUGUAAAAAUAAAAUGCCCAGGCCACUCUCUACAUAGUGAAAAUGUGUAUCUGUUUUGACAUAUCAUUGUCUGCCUACUGUACAUUCCGCAGCUAUGUGUCUGCAUUUAUUCUUAUGCUUACACCUGUCUUUAUUUGCUUGUUUCACAGGAGAACAUUUCUUCUGACCUUAUAAACUGUGGCCUGCAACCAUCCACACUGGAACAGCUGUCUCAGCUCUGCCAACUGGGGAAGUCGUCCUUACGCCACCUAGAAAUGUCAGACUACACGUACACCUGGAAAUGCUAGUCACAGGACAAAUCCUGCAAAUUUAGUCUCUCCAUAAAGCACUCUUUGCAGUGUUAGUCUCAAAACAGACUGCUACUCUCUGCCAAAAUACACAGACAAUGGUGUGGUCCAUUUAGUAAAUUAAUGCUGUGAAAGGAAUACACUGAUGAAUGACUUUUAAAUCUUCUAAACAUAUGCAUUUCUUGUCGAUUAGAUUGCACUAUGAGGAACCAGGAAUUGUUCACUAGGAAAGACAGCCAGUGUCCAAACAAUGGCUCAUCUACUAAAAACAAAUUACAUGUUCUUUACAAAGCUAUUACCUCUGCAAAAUAUAAACACUAUUUCUCGUGCUCACAUUAAAAAAAAAAAGUGCCCCAGAGUCACUUAAAAAGUCUGUAGUAUUGUUAUAUUUUGAUGAAUUGCAUUUCGGGAAGAAUCAUGGUUCGUUAGAGAAAUUGUAUACAUUUUGCCUUCACUGCCUUUAUGAUAAAAGUAUUAAAUUAAUUCCCUUUUUAAAAAGAAAAAGUUAAAAUAGAGUAUCUAGUUGGCAAUUAACCUAGACCAAACAAGGCCAUGCAUCCUUAAGGUUGUGUGAUAUUGUUAUGAAUGAAACUGAUCAACCUUCCCCCUCCUCCAAUAACCCCAGUACUAGUAAAAAUGCACUACUACUAUUCUAGGCUCUAAGAAAAUCACUAUCCUUAAUAUGCUAGGAGUCACUGCCUCCUGGGUUCUCUACAAAGUGUUCAUUGAUAUGCUGCAAAUUUCGUAAAAACUAGCCAUGUAAAGUAUUUUGUGUCUUGGUUUUAUUUUUUAAAUUGUGUGUGAUUGUAAUAAUUGUGAAUAAAUACAAAC